AUGAAUAAUAAUUGUACUCAGGAUAUCUCGUCAACCCUACGGAGCCUAACUCGUCAGGCUGACGUGAUCUGCGAGGCUGCUGUGAAGAAUGCCCCGUCGUAUUCAGCUCGGCCCCCGGGGGUCGUUUUCGACAAGUUCGUCAGCAACCGCCCAGUCGCCGGGGACAUUGUCACUAUCAAAGUUCGAAGAACAUUGAAAGGCGGCAAAAAACUUAAUAUUACCUUGUUAUCCGUCAAAAUACCCAAGCGUGAUAUUGUCAACAGCUGUGUGCUUCAGCUCAAGAAAGGUGACAAACUUAUAUUUUUUUUGAAGUAUGCAAUGAUGGAUGGUUUACGUUUUGAGAUGAUAACUCCACCUGUAAAUCCAACCAAGACACUCAACCGGAAACUUAGAAGACACUUAAAUCGGACAACUUUCACCAGAGAACUUAAAAAAAAAAAUAGAAAAGUUGCUGAAGGAAAAAAAUUGAAAUUAACCUGCACAUCAUCACAUCGUAAUGCCAAAUUCCGAUGGCUGAGGAAUGGGAAAGUUAUACGAAAGUCGUCCGAAAUGUCUUUUAAGAAAAAGAAUCAAGGCAAAGCCAAUCCAAAGUCUGUUUUGCGGAUAAGACAAUUACGACAGAACCAUACAGGAGUUUACACAUGUACCAUUGAUGCGGGAGGAAGAAAAUAUUCAAAAGACUUUAAUAUAACAGUAAUAGGGCCAUCAGAGGUACAGUGUGCUGACCAGAAAUAUUGUUUCAAUCAAGGUGAAUGCUGGCAGAAAUUACCACCUUUAGAUGAAAAAUAUUGCAAGUGA